AUAUUGACGUUUUAAUGGGGACAUUUUUGUCCUGAAGGCCCUGAGUGUAACUAUUUUGUGUACACGGUGUAUUAUAGAUGUAUUAUAGGAACUGAGGUUGAAAUAUCAAAAUUCCCCAAAAAUACACACUUUUGGCAAAAUUUAUGCAGCUGGCUUUAACACAGACAAAGUGAUCGAAACAAGGGUUAAAACAUGGAAUGUAUUUAUUUAAUAUUUGUAUUAAAUUAAUUUAACAAAAUCUUUUUUUUUUUAUAAAACUUUUAGUAAAGCAGUCAGCUAGUUUUAAAUACAAAUACUGUUGAAAAACAAAAAUAUUGUGAAAAAAUAAUAAGCUUAAUUGCGUAUAGUCCUUCACAUUAUGAGCUUAUUUCUCGUGUGCUCAUUUCUCUGGUGUAAAAUUGCAAAGUCUGUCAACUGAAAUGCAAAUAUGCAUCUGUCUCGACACGUUAUCUUCAUGUGGGGGCGGGUAGGGUGACCUACGGCUGUCCAACUCCACCAAAAUCCGUUUACGUGUAACGUUCACCAACGAGACACUGAAUGAACGAUUGCCCAACAUAAAUCUCCGCCGCACCGUAAACACGACAGGGGAAUGACACCGUAACGCUCAGCGCUUCUCUCAUUUGGCAGCUUUUACCGCCAAAGACCGUUUGUUUUGGCAUCCCAGGGAAGUGGGUUUUACAACCGCUGUUUUUAAGCCCUUUUAGACAGUCAUGUGAUUGUAACGUAACCCGACCGGAAAACACCGACGACGACGACCAUCGCCGCCAAUGCUGCGUUUGAGAGGAACAGAGCAGCUGCGAGCCGAACGGAUAAGUCCACCCCCCCACCCGGUAACAGACAACAACUCGCCAAACUCCACACGCUCGAGCGGAGGAAAGAAAAACAAAUUGCGGAAGUGGUCGGUCUCUGCGGGAGAGCUGUCCCUUCCACGUGUCUCUGAAGUGGGCGGAGACAGUUUACACCACAACGUGAGCAAGUUAAACUGUGGAAGAAUGGAGCUGGCCAAUCAUGGUCUUAUCCUUCUACAGCAGCUCAAUGCACAGAGGGAGUUUGGCUUCCUGUGUGACUGCACGGUCGCCAUCGGUGACGUCUUUUUUAAAGCACACAAGGCCGUAUUGGCUGCAUUCUCAAACUACUUCAGAAUGCUAUUUAUACACCAGGACAGUGACUGUGUUCGCUUAAAGCCUGCAGACAUUCAGCCCGACAUCUUCAGCUACCUCCUCAAUCUGAUGUAUACUGGCAAACUGGCAACACAGCUGAUAGACCCGGCUCGUCUGGAGCAGGGCGUAAAGUUUCUUCAUGCCUACCCUCUCAUUCAGGAGGCCAGUCUAGCUAGCCAUUCAGCUUUCUCUCACCCUGAAGUCAGCAUUCCUCUCUCCUCCUCUCUUUAUGGCAUUCAAAUAUCAGACCAACAGGCCUCGAGCACAAACCGUCUCCCAGCGAGAACGCAAUUGUCUUCGCCAUUUGAUUUGGAAGCCAGUGGUUUGCUCGAUGGGAAGUUUGUGACCACAAAUAAAGCUGCUACCUCACUGACACGGUCUGGAUCCAAGCACAGGCACGCUCUGUCAGAAACGGAGGUAGAGGCGUCUGCAAGCACCAAUCAGUUUCUGAGGGAAAGCGCUGAGACGGAAACAUCUGCAGGUGAGACCCCAUCUUGCUCCAUGAGUACCAACACAAUUCUACAUGUGAAGCCCAGCAUUAUGAGAAGAAGUUCAUCUAUGAGAAAGCAUUACACAUGCCAUGUCUGCGGUGGCCGCUUCACCCAGCGAGGAGCCUUACGAGAGCACCUGCUCUUACACACUCAGGCAAUGCUCCCUCUGGUGUUAGAGCCAGGCAGUGCAGCUUCGCCCAUGGCGACUGGAGAUGCUGCCACACCAGAGGUGGAGGAAGUUUUUAGAGGCAAUGAAGCUGCUGCAGCCACCCCUGUCAUCGUGGACAUUGCCAGCGACAGUGAGCAGCCUCUGUACUCUAAGGACUCGCCAUAUGCUGAAACUGCAAUGCCAGUCCCUACAACAACAGCAGUCAGCCUGUGUACAGCGCAGCCCCAGGCGGACACGCCGCCUCCAUCCGAUAUUGCUGACAUCGACAACUUAGAGGGUGCGGCCGACAUGGAGCGGGAAGUGAAGCGCAGGAAAUAUGAGUGCUCCACUUGUGGCCGCAAGUUCAUACAGAAGAGCCACUGGAGAGAGCACAUGUAUAUCCACACAGGCAAGCCCUACCGCUGCAGCGCCUGUGGCAAAAGCUUCUGCCGGGCGAACCAGGCGGCGCGACACGUUUGCAUGAAUCAGGGCUCUGAGCCAGCGUACACCAUGGUGGAUCGACAGAGUAUGGAGCUUUGUGCAGCUGAUGACUCCAGCCAAAUGGAGGCGCUGUUUCUUGGCUCAUCAGGGAGACCUUACAAAUGCAAUGUAUGUGAAAUGACCUUCUCCAGUCCCAAUGAGGUAAUCAAACACCUGUGCUUCAACCAGGUGGCUCUCUCUGGUGGGGCAGCUCUAGGAAUGGGAGUUAGUGGGCUAAACAGUGACAACCUGGCCAAAGAUGAAGGUUCGGAUUCAUCCAGUGGUGGGCCAUUGAUAACACCCAUCAAAACUGAGGCAUGCUUUGUGGAAUAGUUCCACAUGCAUUCACUUCAGAGUAUUGUUUUUUUUUUUUUAUGUAUUGCAUUUGAAUUGUUUGGGGUUAAAUUAUAAUCAGAAGUUAAGCUAACAGCACAGAUGAGAAUUCUACUUCUACUGAAAAGUACUUCUACUUUCUGUGUUGUUCAUUUUAAUGCAGAACCAACACUCAUCAAUUUGGUUACUAUAUUUAUAACAGAUUUACAAUAUGAUUAUUCCACCGAGACCAACUUUCCGAUUCACUUAAUUUUAGAAUUCUUUCAAGAUUUUUACUGGUUUACUCGGGUCAUUUGCACAGUUUGUUUUGUGGUUAAAGCUCUUCCUCUGACUAACUGUCUACAGGAAAAGGAUGUAGUGAACUGUUGUAAUCACACGUUGAUCACAAUGUGCGGAUCAGACGUAGACUAGACGUUAGGUUGCAUUUGGUAAUUCAAGAAAAUAUAUAAAAAUUAAAUAAAGAAAAUCCUUAGUUUGUGGGUGUCAUGGUGGAAUCUCCAGUAAUGUAUUUUGUAUGGUGUCUCCAGACAAAGCAAAAUCUCAAUAUCUCAGUGUCAUUUUCUGAGCAGCUAAGUUUGGGGCUUGAUUUAUGGAACAAGUAUCCUUCUCUACCUCAGCUGUUACUCCCGUUUUGGACAUGCAGUAUCAGACUUAUCUGAAAUUUGCAUUCAAAGAGUAAUUCUAGGGUAGAGGAUCAAAGUCAGUUUUAGCUGUCAGUGCCUCCAAGGAGUUACAUUGAUCUGACAGAAUUUUUGCUUGAGAUAUUUUUCUUUCUGACACUGUUUCUAAUUUCUUUUUAAGUGCUUUGGGUUAGUAAGAGCAAGGUGUAAUUGUAAAUAACCUUCAUUUCUGCAGUGCCAGAGCACGUGUCAAAUAUACUUUUUAUUAUUUUAUAUUUGCCUAUAAUUGGCAUUUUGUGUAAUUUGUCAAUUUGUUACAGUGUUGUUUUUUGUGCCAAUACCACAUAGAUGAUAAACAUCCAUGCCAUAAAAUCAUCUUUCUUUUGAUUGGAUGCAGCAGGCUCUUCACAUGUUCUGUUGCUUUCAUUGUGGGUAAACGUGUUAACAGUUGGACUAUAUGCUUAAUCCACAAGCUGUUACUGUGUGUGAAUUUAGAAAACACUGUGGACAAUCUUACAUGUGUACAUAACAUUGCUUAAAGGGAGAUAUUUCUGUCAUGUUCGCCAAUUUAAUUUUUUUCUACUUUUAUUUCCCCAUCAAAUGUUUUGCUUGAAUAUGCUCUUAAAUUCCUUAUUUUUGAGUUUUAUAACUUUUCAAAUUUUAUAUACAGUGCUGUAUUUACAAAGAAUUUUAUAAUCUCAAAAGUUGUGUAUUGAUAAUUGCAUUUAUUGUGGAUGAUUAUCCAUUUUAGUGUAGCACAAGUUUAUGUGUACUUGUAGUUUAUAUGUACUGGCUGUCUUGGUAUUGAAGACAUUAGUUCAUUUUAAUGAAACUGACAGUGAGGUCAUGCUGUUAAAGCACUGAUAUUUACUAAAGAACCCUGACUACUCUGAUUAAUAUAAUUGUUCUACAUCAGGAAACGUCUAUCAUUUAAAACCAGGGCAAUUUACAUUCAGUGCUAAAUAUUUUCUCAUUUCUAUUUGUAGAGAUCUUGUAGGAAUAUACUUUACAGGUCACUGGGAGUUAAAUUACUACUGAAUAAUGAAUUCAAGUCGGGGUAUAAUAAUGUUUUGUUAUAACCAGGGUUUUAAAUUUUUUAUUGUGACUAAAAUGAAUUUGUCCAAGGCCUCCUGUUCCUUGUAUGUUUGAUCAUAUGUGUAAUGUCAUGCCUUUUUCAUUUAUAUUGUUACAGUUCUUUAAUGUUUGUACAUAUGCAAGUUGUAAUUCUUUGAGGCAGUUAUAGGGAGGGGAGAGGGUAAAGGCAGCCCCUCAAAUGCACAAACCCCAAAAGCCAAGACAAACAUACUGUGAUCUCUCACUCCUCAGGAACAUGAACAGUUGUCUCUGGAAAAAAUACCUUCUUUGCAUUUUCAUUGUGAAUAACGGAUAAUAAAUCCUUAUGUUUUUUGAA